UAAAAAUUAAAAUAGUGUAAAAAUCAAGGUAUAAACACAAUUAAUAUUGUUACAUUUAAAUUUGAUAAUACAUUAUUUCAAUCUAAUAGUAAAGCUAACAUCACCAAAUUGAUUUUUUUGAACGCCAAUUUAAUAUGUUGUUCAUUUGAAAAACGGAGGCAACAUAUGGGACUGUGUCCUCUCCAAACAAAAAUACAGUUUUGUGUCAUCAUUUUUUUUUUUACAGCUUUAUGUCAACUACAUUUAACAUGGAUCCAAAUUAUUGGGAUACAUUGGCUAUAAAUGAAUUGUUUGAACCUAAUUUUACUUAUCCAAACAUGAAUAUUAUAAAAUGUCUUAGUAGAUAUAACGCUGCAUUGUUAAUAGUUGAUACAAAUGAGAUGUGGAAUAAGUAUUUAACCACUAUGGUCAAAUUAAUAUCUAAUGCUGGUAUUACAGAAAUUCAUAAACUUGCUUUAAUUAAAGUAUCUAUACAUUGCGCUCACAAGAAAAAAAAAUUGACACCAAGUCAUUAUAUUCAUUUGAUAUAUAAUUCAAAAGGUUCAAUGACCCUGGACUUUUUAGAUUGGGCCAUUGAAGCAUAUCCGAAUGACACACGUAUCUUAGAAGUGAAUAUAAAUUUUAAACUAACUAAUAAAGAUGAACUAAUUGCUUACGAGUUAUUUAAAGAAAAUGCUUAUAAAGUUUCAAGCACUCUGUGGCUUAUAGUUAUUAAAUAUUUUUUAAAUAAGCCACAGAUAUGGCAUAUUUUCAACAUGGCAUUUGGAGAUGAAUCUGUGUGUUGUAACGAAGUAAAAAAAAAGCUUGCGAAGGAGUAUUUGUUGUGGUUAAGCAAAAAUAAGUCUUUAAAUGAUGCUCGAAACGCAUACUUGUUGUUGAACACAAACACAGUUGUGAUGCAAAAAAAUCCAACAAGGGUACAAAAUGUUAUAAACCAUGCUUUGUUAUUACAUGGUAACAUUUCAGAUUCGUUGUAUGUUUACGCAGUAAAAAUAGAGAUUGAAUUUUUAAAAAAUAUCCAAAAAGCAAGAGAAAUUUAUACUAGUGGGUUAGAAGUACAUAAGUAUUCAUCAAAUUUAUAUUUUGAAGCUUUUAAAUGUGAACUUACUAAUUCAAAAAUGCUUAUUCAAGAGGUGUUUAACUCAGGAAAAGAGCUGGUUUCAAAUGAUCCUGCGUUAGAUGUUUCUGUAGCCAAAGUUAUUUUUGAAUCAGCCGUUCAAAAUAUAAAAGAGGACACGGAUCUUUUCUUUCAAAUGUAUAAUGCAGCUACUCAAUAUAAUUUUUCUUUAGAUUUGUCUAAAGAAAUCAAAAAGUAA